UCCUUACCAGCGCGCGACACCUUCGUUACACUCUCGGUAUAGAGAGCUCCGCGAACGGACUAUCGCUAUGAGGAGCUUGACAACACGAGAGAUAGGCAGAGUAUAGCGAAACAACUUGCAGAUCCAUGUAACUUCCUAGUUGUUCACCGAACCAGGAGCCAUUUCUGUCCCCAUUUCUCACCGAGUGAACACCAUGACAUCCACAAGUUAACGAUGGAUGUCCAAAGCCAACCACAGAAUCCUGGUUCUGUUCCUGAAACAUGUGUAAUCACAGACUGUGAGAUGGCGUUGUUUGAGACAGGUGAAACACAAGAACUGUGCCAGCAAAGCAAUUUGAGUGUAUCAAGUUUGGGAAAUUAUUUAAGAUGUCAGUGGCAGAAUGGAGGCUCGCUUCCAAAGUGUAGUGAGUGUGGGAAAGAAUUUGCACAAGCAAGUUACCUGAGGAAACACAUGAAACGUCACACUGGUGUCAGACCUUAUCAGUGUAGUGAGUGUGGGAAAGAAUUCACAGAAAAUGGCCAUCUGAAGAGACACAUGAAAACACAUGAAAGUGGUCAGGGUGAUGUGAAUGGGAAACCUCAUCAGUGUGGGGAAUGUGGGAAAGUGUUUGCAAGAUCAGGUAACUUGCAGACACACAUGAUGAGUCACAGUGGAAUCAAGUCCCUUGAGUGUGAUGUGUGUGGGAAAGUAUUUAAGACAUCAUGGAGCAUGAAGACCCACCAGAAGACUCUUCACUGUGGAAUCAAGCCUUUUAAGUGCGCUGAAUGUGGAAACACAUUUUCACUAAGAGGUACUCUUGAGGGACACAUGAGGAUUCACAAUGGAGUCAAGCCCUUUGGGUGUGAUGAGUGUGGGAAAGCAUUUACACAAAAAGGUAAUCUGAACACACACAUGAGGCUCCACAAUGGUAUCAAGCCUUAUAAGUGUGCUGAAUGUGGGAAAGAGUUUGCCCAAGCAGGUACCUUGCAGUUUCACAUGACGAGUCACAGUGGACUCCGGCCUCAUAAGUGUGAUGAGUGUGGGAAAACAUUUCCACUCAGAGCCAGUCUGGAGACACACUUGAGAAUUCACAGUGGUAUCAAGCCUUUUAAGUGUGCUGAAUGUGGGAGAGAGUAUGCACGAGCUGAGAGCUUGAGGUCUCACAUGCUGAGUCACAGUGGGCUCAAGCCCUUUAAGUGUGAUGAGUGUGGGAAAAGAUUUCCACGUAGAGAUACUCUGAUGACACACAUGAGAAUCCACAGUGAUAACAAGCCUUUUAAGUGUGGUGAAUGCGGGAAAGAGUUUGCACAAAGAGGUAGCCUGAAGUCUCACAUGCUGAGUCACAGUGGAGUGAAGCCCUUUGAGUGUGAGGAGUGUGGGAAAACAUUUACACUGAAAGAUACUCUGAAGACACACAUGAGACUUCACAGUGGUAUUAAACCUUUUAAGUGUAUUGAAUGUGGGAAAGAGUAUGCACGAGCAGACAGCCUGAGGUCUCACAUGCUGAGUCACACUGGAGAGAAGCCAUAUCAGUGUGAUGAGUGCUGGAAAACAUUUCCACUGAAAGACACUCUGAAGACACACAUGAGGCUUCACACUGGAAUCAAGCCUUUUAAGUGUGGUGAAUGUGGGAGAGAGUUUGCUCUGAGAGGUACCCUGCAGGCUCACAUGACGAGUCACAGUGGACUCAAGCCUUACAAGUGCAGUGAGUGCAGGAAAGCAUUUACACAAAGAAGAUAUCUGAAGACACACAUGAGGAUUCACAGUGGAAUCAAGUCUUUUAAGUGUGGUGAAUGUGGGAAAGAGUUUUCUCGAGCUGAUCGCCUGCAGUCUCACAUGACGCAUCACAGUGGUAUCAAGCCUUAUAUAUGUAGUGAGUGUGGGAAGACAUUUACACUAAAAAGUAAUCUGAAAAGGCACAUGAUCCAUCACAGUAGACAGCCUUGAAAGUGUGGUGAGAGUUGGGGGGGGGGGAACAUUCACUGCAUCAAGAUGUCUGAAGACACACGUAGGGCAUCAUCAGGGAGUCCUGCCCUGAAAGUGUGGUGAGGGUUGGAGGAACAUUCACUGCAACAAGUUGUCUGAAGACACACAGAGGGCAUCAUCAGGGAGUCCUGCCCUGAAAGUGUGGUGAGGGUUGGGGGAACAUUCACUGCAUCAAGUUGUCUGAAGACACACACAGGGCAUCACCAGGGAGUCCUGCCCUGAAAAUGUUGUGAGAGUUGGGGGAACAUCCAUUGGAUCGAGUUGUCUGAAGACACACAGAGGGCAUCAUCAGGGAGUCCUGCCCUGAAAGUGUGGUGAGAGUUGGGGGAACAUUCACUGCAUCAAGUUGUCUGAAGACACACAGAAGGCAUCAUCAGGGAGUCCUGCCCUGAAAAUGUUGUGAGAGUUGGGGGAACAUCCAUAGGAUCGAGUUGUCUGAAGACACAGAGGGCAUCACCAGGGAGUCCUGCCCUGAAAGUGUGGUGAGAGUUGGGGCAACAUUCACUGCAUCAAGUUGUCAUUUGUUGUUACAUGUUUUUUGUCCCGACUUACAGACAUUGAAUAUCUACAUACAUUGUCCUUUGUACUCUGACUUUAGGUCCUGCCAAAUAGCAUCCUUAUGUUUGAUGCUGAUAAUAAUAAAUAUAUUAUUAUAUUAUUGAUAAUAGCCACUAAAUCAACAAUCAUACUCAAUAUCUGGGAACAAACAGUUCCCAGGCCUGAAUUCUCCUUGUAGUCUUUGCUCAUCAUGCAGAUCAAAAACCUUCUUCUUACCAGUAGCAGAUGACUUUAUUUUAGUGACAUAUACCAGUGGCAAAUGUUUCCCACUGUUUCUCUUCCAACCUUAUACCCCAGCCGAUGAAACACUUUCUUCUGAUCCUUCUCAGCUGCUGUCAUCACUGGUGUCCACCCAUGCAUCCCUCUACUGUCAGCUACUGGUGUUUACAGCCAGUGUGGAGGGUGGGUGACAGAUCAUGUCUUGUUCUUACUUGGUCACUAUCUAUGAAACACUUUGAGUUUCUCCUGAUCCUUCUCAGCUGCUGUCAUCACUGGAGUCCACCCAUGCAUCCCUCUACUGUCAGCUUCUUGUAUUUAUAGCUGGUGUGGAGGGUGGGUGACAGAUCAUGUCUUGUUCUUGCUGGGUCACUUUCGGUGAUUUGCCGAAUCUGGAAUUUACCCUGAUGACUUUAGUUAUGUGACAUUUACCAGUGGCAGAUGUUUCACAUUGUUUCUCUUCCAACCUAUGUCCCAGCUGAUGAGACACUUUCUUCUUCUUGGCUGUUAUCAUUACAGUUGUCUGACCUUCGUCCCCUCUAUCAUGUGUCUACUGUCAGCUAUUUAUAGCUGGUGUGGAGGGUGGGAGACAGAUCAUGCCUUGUUCUUGCUGGGUCACUUUCUGUGAUUUGCCGAAUCUGGAGUUUACCGUGAUGACUUUAGUUAUGUGACAUCUACCAGUGGGAGAUGUUUCCAACUUCAUGUCCCAGGUUUUAAUAUUGCAGACUGAGGCAUUGAAAACUAACUCGCUCUUGUCGAUACAUGUUUCUUGUCUGUCCAACCAGACAUUGAUUAUCUACAUACAUUAUCCCUUGAACAGGGGGUGGGAGACAAAUAAUGUCUUGUUCUUGCUGGGUCACUAUCUCUGAUUUGCCAAACCUGGAUUUUCGAUAGAUGACUUUAGUUUAGUGACAAAUAACCAGUGGCAGUUGUUUCCCACUGUUUACCUCCCAAACCAGGUGUAAAUAUUGCUGACCGAGGCAUCAAAAACUCUCUCAUUUGGGGUAUCUUACAAGGUCCAUUGGUUCUCUGAAUAGCUCUCCUAAGGGCACUGAAUUUAGAGCCGACUUAGGUUUCUCUUAUGUCUUAUUCUUAUCCGAGUUAUUACUCAGAUUCUAAAAGUAAAAACAAGAACAAAAUACAAGUUAAUUUUCAACAAUUAUUUCACAAAAAAACAAGGUUUAUUUUUAUAGAUAUAGUGCACAUAAGAAAGAAAAAAGAAGAUCCGUUUACAUGACUGAUUGCCAUGUCUUUUACCAACAUGAUAUGGUUACGAUUUUCCUCAACCUGUUUCUUUCUUUUUAGAAUUGCAUUUCUUUACAUAAAAAUGCAUAUAUUUAUCAGAUUUUAGUGAGUAUAAUUAUUUCUCCCCUUAAACAAGCAUAUUAAAAGUUAAUAAAAUAGGAAUAUGACAUCUACAUUAAAUCUUCAGUUACUACCUUGACUACCCAUGCUCAAUCUCAUUAAAAUCAGAUCUUAGUUCUCGCUACCGCUCAACAAAGAUUUGAGGACAUCCAAUUACGGGUCACGUCAGACCGAACUUGCACGAACUUUUACUGA